AUGAGAAGCAGGUUCUCGGAGCGCAGGGCGUCUUUGAUCAAUGGCAAGCUAAAAGGCCUCAUUGACCGCAGUACUAAGGAGCUGCAGAGCCAAGGCUUCACCGAGGAGCAACUAAUAUACGAGGUUUUCGCAAACAUAAGAUUCGAGGGUUCGGACACCGCCGAGCAUUCAACUUCACCCUUUGAGCGCCCGGUCUACAUCGACGAUGUUCGCAUUGGAACCAUUACUUCCGCCAGCAGAAUAGCCGAGAAGAGUCCUUUGCAGCAGUUCAAGGAUGCAAAGCUGAGGGAAGCCAGUGCAUCCACAAAGCAGACACAGGUCUUCUUCGACUCGGGAACUGGAUGCAGAAGCGCUCCAGUCUACAAGCUCAAAGAUCUCGGCUCCAAUGUGAGGGCUGUGCAGUCCUGCCAUUAUCAUGGACGAGACUCAGACCACAGUGGUCAAUCCUUCAUGCGGAGGUGCACGUCCUAG